AUGACAGCAGACGGAACAAUAGCACGCGGUGUGAUUCAGACAUGGGUCAUCGCAAACCUAACGCGAAGUGUCAAGGGGAUGGAGGAGCCACAAAGGGUCUCAGAAGGGGAUAUCCCCAUUGCCAAAGAAACAUCCGAGAAGGAACCUAGCAACGUAGACAACAAUGCCGACGUCAAGAACGCUGCCAAACCAAUGAAAGAUGGGCAAAACGACAACAACAAGAGUGACCGCGGCGCUCCCAGAAUCAUCAUGGCUUACAUCCCAGCCUCCGCCCCGGCUUCACCCCCAGCCCCUGGCCGCAACAACCCGGAGGCAUCUAACGGCGGAGGUCGCCCCGAAACUCCCAACUUGACGGCAAAGCUCAACCAAGCUAUUGAUGAGUAUCGCGCUCGGGAAGAGAGAGUCGGCGAGCUAGGUCAGCCGGACGAAGAAGGCUACAAGGGAGACACGUAUUCACAAGGCGAGCAUCAAGGAUGCUGUGACCACGACCAUGAGAACCAGUUUGCAGCCCACGAUGAGCAGUACUCGCCUCUUCAUCUUCAGCAAGGCUACAAUGGCCACUCAUCCUCUGUCAAUGCACCGGGGUGCUGGACUCCUUACCACCCAGCUUCCAGUGCUCCCCUGUAUAUGCAGCCACCUUUCGGGCCUCCUUUUCAGCAGCAGCAGCAGCAGCAGCAGCAGUACGCCGUUCCUUAUUACCCACCUGUUUCUCAGCCUUAUAGCUUCUCUUUUCCCUCCCCUCAUUACUUUUCCAACCCCCAUGACUACCGGUACUUCCCCAACCCCCAUCACCACCAGCACUUUUCAACCACCAUUCCCCCUCCCACUCACCCCUUUGCCCCUCCUGCCCGUCCAUCCCAUUUCCAGUCUAUCCCUCCCCAUGCCCAUCCCUUCCCACCCCACCACCCCCAAUCCCAAGAUCCCAACGUCCUCGAGUUGACCCAGCGCCUCCAUAACAUCCAAGCCCAGCUCAACGGCCUCGACGCCGCCCACGAAGUCGAGAUUUGGCGCCACGGCAAGUACAACUUCCACCGCCGCCGCGCGAAGCAACUCCGUAAGAUCAAGAGGGAGAAAGUAGAGGAGAUGGUGACGGUGGUGAGGGAGUUGCGGGCUUUGGGUGUUGAAGGGUAUGGAAGGCGGCACCACCAGCCUCAGCCUCAAGGUCAACAAGAGACAUGGACGCAGGAAAUGAUGGGUUGGACGACGGCGCCGGGCUGGGGUUACGGAGCGGGAUUUGAGCCGGGAUGGGGUGGACAUCAGAUGCAAGAGCAGUGGUUGGGAGGAGGAUAUGGAUAUGGACAUGGACACGGACAUGGACAUGGACAGUCGAAGGUGGAGGUGGAGGUUGAGCAUAAUGGUAAAAAUGGACGCUGCGGCUGCGACGAGGACGGUGCUCAUGUUGAUUCUCCGCCGACGGACAGUGCCGUUGAGAGUAUGGCAUGCGAGUGCCCCUGCGGAUGCACUACGGUCGACGGUGAAGCUGUCUCUGUAGGUGAGAUGCCAGGCAGAACCAGAGCUCGCGCCUUGUCGCUUGAUGGUAUGAGAGAGCAGGUCGAAGUCGUCGAGGCUUAUGAGAAGCAACACGGCGACGGCAGCGAGAACAAGCAGGGCGAAAGCGCUGAGAAGAACAGCAGUUGUGCGCGUGCCGGGUCCUGGUCGGACGCAGAAGUCGUCAUUUCUGAAGAGCUUCGGGGUACUUGGCGGAAGAAGAUGAGGGAGUAAAGAAGGGGUGAUCAGUGAGCGAUGGACUCAUGGUCCGACAUUCGAAUGAGCGUGUGCUUUGGAAUUGGCGUCAAAACAAACAAACAAACGUAAAUGAAAACAGCUGUUUUAGCAAGAAUCAUCGAGGUAGUUAUCCAGCGAAGCGCAUAUAAAACCGGACUAGGAAGAUACACCUGAAAUCUAAAAGUGCAACGACGACAUGGCGUAUUGCUGG